UUUCAAAAUGUGAUGAACAAAUGUAGACUUAAAAUCAUGAUUGCUUUGUCAAAAAAAAAAACUUGAAAUCAUGAUUUGAAAUCACUUCCAAACGACAUGUAAAAGUUGGAUAGAAAUGGAUGGUGUUUAACAUGUUUUUAACGUCCCGAAUUGAAGAGUGACCUAUAAAUUAAAACACACACAUAGUUAAGUUUUUUCUUUGGAAUUUAUAAGAUCAUCACAGAGAAUAAGUCUAAUAUGUUUAAGGUCGUGUUUCUAGUUAGGCAAGUUUCAUUGCAAUGUCAACCUUUUCCAACUUUUCUGUCUUGUAAAAAAAACUUUUCCAACUUCUAUGACUGUCAUUAACUCCGAGUGUUCCAUAUUGAAAUGUUGAUAAAUCAACUAUUGUAACUCAUCCCCAUGUGCUAUCCUAACGUAAUUCAUACAUCAAACAGAUUUUAGUUUCAAAGAAUGGGAUUAAAGAGAUCAUAUAGAGGCUGAUGAUUCAAAUAACUGAACCUGAGUAUUUUGUGAUUGAGGUGGUUGAAUUGAUUGGCAUUAGCUCCAAGAAAAUUCUAAGCUAAUAGAAUGUAGUGGUCCACAUAAAGCAUAAAUUUAAAAUUAAGCUUAAUGGAAGUUGAUGCUGUGCUGUUUCCGAGUAUCUCUGUUUUGCUUCAAACCAUUAACUCCCUUUUAUAUUUGGUGCCUUAUAGUGUGCAUGUUGCUUGCAUUCGUGUCAAUUGCAUCUUCAUACCUUACAAAGAAACGCGAGAUGAGAAUACACUUUCUGCCCCUUGGUCAUUUCGAACAUGUUUACUUAAAUAUUAAAAUACAAACUCCGCUUGAAAAACUUGGUGACAUAUGGUUAACCCAUAGAAUGAUAGAAAUGUAAAAGUGAACUGGGAUUCACUUGUGGAGAAGUAAUUCAGACAAAUGUAACACUACAGAAAAAGAUUGUGGAUAUGGUAAUCUUGGUCUCAAUUGCACACAGUUUUUUUUUCUCGAGAAAGUCAGAUUAUGAGCUUGGUUUGAUGCCUGUCAGGAAGUUAAGGCUUUAGCUAUCAGUCUCUAAGUUGCUCGGACUCUGGUGCAGGUAUCCGAUACGGGUGCAGAUCUAGAGGUCGGAUCCUCUAUGUUCUAAAUUUUAAGAUUCGGAUACGGAUCCUUGUGUGGAUACGGGUUUGGGAAUUCGGCUAAACAUAGAGUUACAAAAUCUAAAUUAUGAGAUAUUAUGUGGAAAACUCGAGGAGAAAAUAAUGAUCAAGAGGAGAAUCUUGGAAGGAGAUAAAAGGGAAGGGAGUGGCAAUAGAAAUUUAUAUAUACAAGAGGGACGAUAUCUGUUAUCCUCUGCUUCGGAUGCAUCAGUUGCUGUUUAUGAUGUCCAACGUGCAACUGAUUACGAUGAGAGUGGUCUGAUUGCAAAGCAUAAACACAUACUUUUGGUUGACAAGCAACAUGAGCAGGGCCACAAAUAUGCCAUUUCCACAGCCAACUGGUAUCCGAUUGAUACGGGACUUUUUAUUACAGGCUCUUAUGAUCAUUAUGUUAAUGUCUGGGAUACUAAUACAACACAGGUGGUAGUCAAUUUCAAAAUGCCUGGAAAAGUGUACAAUACUGCCAUGUCUCCGGUGGCAACAUCACACAUGUUAAUUGCUGCUGGAACUGAAGAUGUUCAAGUUCGUCUUUGUGAUAUUUCUUCGGGUGCAUUUGCUCACACAUUAUCUGGCCAUCGUGAUGGAGUAAUGUCGGUUGAAUGGUCUGCUUCUAGUGAGUGGGUUUUGAUAACAGGGGGAUGCGAUGGCGCAAUUCGCUUUUGGGACAUCAGGCGUGCAGGAUGUUUUCGUGUUUUGGAUCAGUCUCAUAAUCAGCUUGGAAGACGCCCAUCUCUUCUUACACGAUCCACUGCAAGCAAGGGUUCCACACUGAAACCAUCUUCCGGAGGCCCAAAUUCAUCUGCAAAAGGCCGUCCAUCUCAGAAAAAAAUGGGAAACAGUGCGAGUAUCAAACACUCUGCAAUUGCUAGACAAGUGAGGGGGUUUGGGAAGCAGCGACUGCAUCCAGGGAUGCUCUCUAGUCAGGAUAGAGCCACUGCUCAUUAUGGUGCUGUCAAUGGAUUAAAAGUGACCAAUGAUGGAAUGUAUCUCCUUAGUGCAGGUUCUGAUUCUAGAUUAAGGUUAUGGGAUAUUGAUACUGGUUGCAAUACACUUGUGAACUUUGAAACAUCACGACUCCAGGCCACAAAAGCUACACAGUUAGCCAUAUCUCAUGAUUCAACACUUGUAUUUGUGCCAUGCAUGUCAACUACUAAGGCAUUUGAUUUGUGGUCGGGCAAAAAGAUGAUGGAUUUACGUGGCCACUAUGAGAAUGUGAACUGUUGUCUGUACAAUUCACUGGACCAGGAACUAUUCACAGGUGGUAAUGACAGGAAAAUUCUUGUGUGGUCUCCAAGUAGAACCACUACUGAGGAACUGGAAGGGAGGGAAGGACAAGCUUUUGCGAUCGACCAAGAUAUGUGGAGCGACUGAGUAGCUCACAAAAUUUCGGAGGUUCCAUGUCAAGUACAACUUUCAGUUUUCUUCAUUCUACAUUUUGCUUGAACAAAUAUGUAAUAAUAAACUGGAAUCUGAUGUUUGUACAACAAUUUCCUAUUUCUAUUUGAAAAUCCUCUCUCGGAUAUAUCUCUAUCCGCCUUAGGAUGUAUCCAUUUCAUUAAGUAA